AUGCCUGAAUCGGAGAUGCUAAUGGUUAAUGGAAUCCAAGUGGAAGCAAUCCGAGCAACUGUCUUCUACAAGCAGAGGUGGAUGGUGCUGUUGGUGGACACUUCUGCUGCCUGUACCAAGAAUAAUGGCACUUUUGAUGGGAUGAACUUGGCCUGGGUUUCCCCCAGGGUGCUCUCUCCACUGGUCCUGCAUAUUGACCAGUUCCAGGACAAGGAUAUCUCCAUGGGUGUGGAUGGGAAGCUGCUCGACCUCGCCACUAUCCAAAGGAGGAACUAUAACCUUAAAGUCAAUGAUUCCUUUGUAGGAAUCUCCAUUCCUUAUGGUGCAGAGGGUGGCUACCUGAAGAGUCAUGUCAUAAAUAAUCAGUACAACCGGGUGUAUGCCAUUGACCUGUACCUUGAGCACCAGUGGGCGGAUGAGCAGUGGGAAGUGACCCAGCACCGCUCCUUCAAGCCAGUCCACACCCCCUUUAUUGCUGAAACCCCCUUUGUCAUCAACAAUACCAUCCCAGAAGAAAAGGUCUUCACAGUGACCCUUGGUGUCUUCAACCCUGACGUUGAGCUGAAGAACCUGACUAUCAAUGGGGUUCCUCUGACCCUUCCUGAGGCAAUCAACCAAGGCAUUGUUGCCACUGAGGUCCAGCACCCCAAUGGCACCAAGUCUAUUGUCCUGAAGGUCCCCUUCACCCACCCACUCAUCCCACAGAAGUACAUUGGCGAUGGGGUCCGGGAGUUCACCUUGAAUAUUAACUACACCUUGAACAUCGUUCCUGAGAACGAGCCUUAUUUCUUCCCGGCAACCAUUGUGUGUCAGGUUAAGGAUGUGGUACUUCCUGAUGUCAAUGGCUUUUGUACUGAGAACAGCAUAGUAUUUGAUGUGAGCCGCGGGAACAUGGAUUACCUCUGGGUCAUGUACGUUGGGAAGCACCAGCUAACCUCAGAGCUGGCUGCUCACCGAGGCUACGUAGUCACCAACCAGACCAAGUUUAUUCUGGAGGUGCCACUCUUCAGUGUUGGCUGCAUCUAUGAGGAUAUCUCUCUCCGAGGCCUCUUUGUUCGUGUAGAACUGACCUUCAGGACUGUUGGGACACUAGAGGCAGUGCUGUCAUUGGUACAGCGCUGUCAAUUUCCUACCAAGCAGCUGCUGGUGUGCAUGCCUGGUGGUGUGAUGACAGUGGUGGCUGUGACUAUGGAGCCCAUACCAGUAGUGGAACCCAGUAAGACAACCCUGCUGGACAAGACCUGCAAACCCAAAGAGUCUGACUCGACCAGGGCUCUCUUCACGUUCAGU